GUUGUCUACUUGGUGCCAGCUGCCCUGACGCUGCUUGUCAGCAUUAACCCUUCAAUAACAGAUAACUGUGUUUGGAGAAGCCUUUGUGACCUUCAUUCUGCUGGUUGUAUCGUUGGUACCAUUGCCUUGGCUUGCUCUUUGUUUGCUUACGCUCAAGGAAACAUUUUGCAGGAAGAGGAAGGAAGAGAGUUGUUUGGUCUGGUGAUUAUUACAAUAUGGAUGAGUCUUUGUCGCAAUUCAGCAAAGAGUCCGCUGAGUGGAGUUCGCUUGAUUGCUGCAGUUGUGGUCGCCCUCUUCCCCUUUGUUUCGUGGCUGUACAUUUACGUGAACAAAGAGAUGCGAGCAUCUUGGCCAAUGCACUGUAAAACGGUCAUUUAA